AAUUGGCAAACCAGAGAUCGCGCCUCCUUCGCCUUCCCGUCGACGCACCCGCCCUCUAGUGUUCCGGAAGCCUGCCCAUCCAUCCUGCUCCUGCCCGCCCAGACGAGGGUGGACGCCGAAGCGGCGCGGUGUGCGUGCCAGCGCGUCCGCGUCCGCGUCCUCGUGCACUCCGUUUGGACGGCUUCAAGGCGGAGCCCUCUGCUUUGGCACGCAGCCAUGGUGGUCGGGCUUUUACCUCGGCGCUUCUUCUCCUCUUGAUACGUAAAUCUGGGUCAAGCCGGAAGAUGCGCACGGCACCUGUUCGGCGAAAUGCGUGGCACUCGUGGUCGAGCUGUGGACCAGGCGUGGCUCCGCAAAUGCCAGGCUUGUCUCUAGCACAUGGGAUGUUUCCACUCCGUCUCUGUAAAAUUUUGUUAUUAUGCUUAUGUAUGAGCAGUGGGGGCAUUGGCCCCCACUCAAUUUUGGCCCCCACUCAAUUUUGAUACACCAGUACAAAUGCUAGAUUUUCACUAUUAAUGCCCCCUCUAAAUUAAGCUACAGCUUCUUAAAAAGUCUAAGAGCCCCUUCUUAACUUCUCUUUUGGCUCCGUCCAUGGUUUUGACCAAUUUUGUUAUGGUAAAGAUCCAUUACCCUAACCCUAAACCCUUGUCGUGCUAGUACGUCAUGACACAUGAGAUGAGAGGGUGGGUAUUUAAUAGCCAGCGUGACAGAUGAGACAUAGUUGUUGCAUUUAGUAGCACCACUGCACCACGUUGUCGUAAAGAUACUAGCUAGUACACCUUCUGGCCUUAAUAAAAUGGCCAGGUCAUGGGGUCCUAUGUCCGGUCUCAUUGCUGUCUGUUCUUUGGAAAUACGGAGUAAAAAACAAGACUGUACGGGAGAAAGACCUCUGACCUGAAGAAAGAUAGAGUAAAAAGAAAGACCCGGCCCCUCAUAUACGCAGAGACUGAGAAGGCGAGAAGCAGAAGCCGCUGGGCUUACCUACCUCCCCCCCUGUUUCACAAACGCUGCUUUCUCGUGGCGGAGAGAUCUAGAGCGAAGCCAUGGCGGAGGUUGGGGGGGAUGAUUGUGAGUGCCGUGGGGGAACAACUCGCUACCAAGCUCGGCGAACUUGUCAAAGAUGAGAUCGCUCUGCUGUGGGGGUUCCGUGACGACGUGGAAGGCAUUGAGGAGAAGAUGAAAGAUCUUGAGGCAGUGAUGCAUGACGCCGACGACAGGCUGCGGCGAGGAGAAAGAGAUGGAGCAGCUGUUGGACGGUGGCUCAUGAAAUUCAAGGAUGUGGUCUAUGACGUCGAGGACGUCUUGGACGAGCUGGACGCCAACGAGCUCAUCAACAAGACCCAAUCAAAGCUCAAGUUAUUCUUUUCCCGGAACAAUCAACUCCUCCAACGAAUCACCAUCGCCCACCAUAUGAAGAGUGUGAAAGGGAAAAUAAGCAAAACUGAAAUCGAGGCCGGUAGCCCGACGCUCAAUCUUGUGCGUCGUGAAGCACGGGCAGAAGGGAACCGAAGCGAAGAAACUUUUGCAGCCAUCGGUGAUCACGGCACUAAAACUGGAAUGGUGGGGAGGGAUGCGGAGAAACAAAAAAUAGUCAACCUGCUACUGAAAGGUGAAGCUAGUGAGAAUAUCUCUGUCAUUCCAAUUGUUGGGCUUGGUGGUCUAGGGAAGUCAACAAUGGCAGAAUCAGUUUUAGCAGAUGGGAGGGUCAACAUCUUCAAUUUCCAAGCCUGGGUUCACGUCUCUGAGCAGUUUGAUUUGCGCAAAAUUGCGAGUUCCAUCAUCAAAAGCAUAAAUAGCUGUAUCAAUGUUGACAAUUGCACUUUGCAGUUUCUACAUGAUAAAUUAAAAACUGAACUUGCUACCACAAGAUACUUAAUUGUUCUGGAUGAUCUCUGGGAAGAAGAUGGAAAAAAACUAGAAGAGUUGAAGCGGAUGUUACAAUAUGGAUGCAAGGGUAGCAAGAUUAUAGUUACUACGCGUAAUCAAAACGUAGUGGCAAAAAUGAGCACCGGUGUUCUUGCAAACCAGGGGAUAGUCCGCCCCGUGCCAGAGUCUGAGCAAAUCAAGCUGGGUAUUUUAUCACGUGAUGACUGCUGGCAAGUAAUGAAGCAAAUAAUAUUCCGGCCUGACGAUGAUCAAAGUGGCUUGGAAGAAAUUGGAAGGAAAAUUGCAGCAAAGUGUGGAGGAAUACCACUCAUAGCAAAUUCUCUCGGAAGAGUGUUGUCGGAUCCAAGGACAUUCAAGGCAUGGGAAGAUAUAAGAGACACAGAGAUUGAUUUGGGCUCGCGAGACCAAAAGGACACACUAGAACGCCUCAUGCUCAGCUAUUACUACAUGAAGGUCGAAUUCAAAAUGUGUUUUACAUAUUUAGCAGCCUUCCCAAAGGGCUUCGUUGUUGAUGCCAAUCGCCUAAUCCAGCAAUGGAUCGCUCUUGGUUGUAUUCAUGCAAAGGAUGACGGUGAAAGGUGUAUCAAGUACCUUCUAGGGAUGUCAUUCCUACAAAUUUCACGGUCGUCCUCGGUUAGUCCAAGUCCAGCUCAUGCAACAGCUCCUCAGGAGCUCACCACACAUGAUUUGGUUCAUGAUCUUGCUUCAACAAUUACUGCCAGUGAAUUUGCUGUUCUGGAUGCUAAUGAACCUGAACCAAGUACUUGGAGAAAAUCUCGUUAUUGCCGACACGCACAACUGAUCAACUACCAGAAUCAAUCAAAGGUUUUCAGAGAUCUGCCAGCUAAAGUUAGAUCCCUCCAUUUUAGGGAUUCAAGAAAACAACAGCUUCCCCGAAUGGCAUUUUCUCGAUCCAAGCAUUUGCGUGUCUUGGACUUAAAUGGGCACUCAGUUAGAGGGCAAUCUAUUCCAAGCAACUUGGACCAUGGUGGAUGUUCAGUUGAAGGUCAAUCCACUCCAAGCAACAUAGUGCUGCCAUCUUCCAUUCAUCAAUCAAAGCUACUUAGGUACCUUGAUGCUACUGCCUUGCCAAUUGCAUCCCUUCCAAAGUCUUUCCACACACUUCAAUACAUGCAAACUCUAAUUCUGUCAAAAUGCUCACUUGAAACCUUGCCUGACAAAAUCUGUAGCCUGCAGAAACUUUGCUAUUUGGACCUAUCUGGUAAUAGCAGCCUCAGUAAGCUACCUGUAUCAUUGGGGAAACUCUCUAAACUUUCUUUCCUCAACUUAUUUGGAUGUUAUAAACUCCAAGAGUUGCCCGCGUCAAUCUGUGAGCUGAUACGUUUACAACACCUGGACAUGUCAGAGUGCCGUGCCAUUCAAAAGCUCCCUGAUGAUUUUUGUAGCCUCCCGAAACUCACAUUCCUAAGCUUGUUCGGUUGUUCCAAGCUUACCAAACUGCCUGACAAUGUUAGACUGGUGUCUUUAGAGUAUCUGAACCUAUCAAAUUGCCACGAGCUACAAAACCUGCCACAAGAUUUUGGCAACCUUCGAAAGCUUGGCUUUCUGAAUCUCUCUGAUUGCUACAAGGUUGCCACUCUCCCAGAAUCAUUUUACCAGCUUAUUCAUUUGAAAGAUCUAGAUCUUUCAGACUGCCAUGAGCUUAGGAAACUCCCUGACUUUUUUGGUAACCUUUGUGAGCUUGAAUCUUUGAACCUAACUAGUUGUUGCAAGCUGCAACUACUCCCCGAGUCAUUCUGCAAGUUGUUUAAGCUGAGGCGUCUCAAUUUGUCAUACUGUAUGAGGCUCACAAAGCUGCCCUCCUCGUUAGGUAACCUUAAACUUCAAUCAUUGGACAUAUCUUCCACAAAUCUUCGUAACUUGCCAGAUAGCAUCAGUAGCAUGACUAGUCUUACUCAUCUUGAGGUCACGUCAGCACAACCUGAAGUGUUUGACAAGGCUGAAGACAUUCGAAAUCGUCUGAAUUUGCCAGGAAUAACAAUACAUACUGUACAUGAGUUGGAACAUAAAGGCUGUAGCAGUAUAGUGGAGCUUUCUCAACUGACUUGUCAUGAGCUGAAAGUUUUGGAACUUCAGAAUGUCAGGCAUGCAGAAGAUGCAGAGAGAGCCAAGCUGCGUGAUAAAUCAGAUCUGAGAAUGCUAAAUCUUGGAUGGGGAUUUCAAGGAGGAGAGGAGCAUAGAUCUGUGCUAGAGAGACUUGUACCUCCUCGGACUAUUGAACAAUUUGUACUGAAGGGGUAUAUGAGCAAGGGUUUCCCUAUGUGGAUGUCUCAGAUCUCCUCCUACCUCCCUUUACUCACGUACCUCCUCCUUUCUGAUUUAGGAACAUGUGAUACUCUUCCUCCGCUUGGGCGGCUGCCAAAUUUAAGAGAACUAGUAAUGAAGAACAUUCCCAACAUCAGGAAAAUCGGGAAGGAAUUCUAUGGAGAGGGUGGAAUCUGUACGAAAUUAAGAUCAAUACAAUUGGAGUCGAUGGAGAAUUUAGUGGAAUGGUGGACAACACAGUCAGGUGAAGAAAACGAAGAGUUUUUAGUCCCAAAUUUGCAUGAAUUGGCGGUAGCAGACUGCCCAAAGUUGAAGUUCCUCCCAUAUCCCCCAAGAUGUAUGUUGUGGUUCCUACAAAACAGCGAUGAGGUAUUGCCGCAACGAGGAUUUGGGAAUCUUCUGUCCUCCACUCUUCCUUUUGAUAUGGUGAUAAAAAACUGCAACUUUUCGUCGGACAAGUGGGAUAGACUUCACCACCUCCCCACCAUUGAGAUACUUUACGUUCUGUCCUGCAACGGAUUGAGGCCCUUGCCAGAGGCCAUUCGAUGCUUCACCUCUCUGAGAAAUCUAUCUUUGGAUUUUUUGAAGGACCUGGAGUUACUGCCGGAAUGGUUAGGGCAACUCGUUUCCCUACAAAAAUUUCACAUCAGCGGUUGCCCCAACCUGACAUCUUUGCCUGAAAGCAUGAAGAACCUUACCGCUCUCAGAGUACUAUGGUUGACGGAGUGCAAAGGUCUAGAUAUAUUGCGGGAUUGGAUUGGGCAGCUCGUUUCCCCGGAAGAAUUUAACAUAAUCGAUUGCCCCAACCUGACAUCUUUGCCUGGAAGCACACGGAACCUGACUGCCUUGAAGGAACUCUACAUUUGGGGCUGUCCAACUCUGGUUGAUAGGUGCCAAGGGGAGGAUAUACUGCCAGAAUGGCUGGGAUGGCUCAUUUCCCUUCAAGAAUUUAACAUCGUUGAUUGCCCCAACCUGACAUCUUUGCCCGAAAGCAUACGGAGUAUGACCACCUUGAAGGAACUGUAUUGGGGCUGUCCAGCUCUGGUUGAGAGGUGCCAAGGGGAGGAUGCCCACAUGGUUUCUCACAUCCCGAAAGUCAUAUUACACAGAGGAGAGGAAAAACGGACGGUGUCGACUUCUGAAGAUGGAGGAGAGGAAGAAGAACUGGGGUCAAAUUCUGAAGAUGCAGGAGGGGAGGAAGAGGAUCGGGAGCUUGCAGAGACCGCGGUCCUCGACCAUGCCACCCAACAAGUCGUCGUCGUCGAGGAAUCGCUGCUACCCAGUGUCGUAGGCGCCGGCCAGCUGUACAGAGGACUUGACGGUCGACGACGGCGAAUCGACGGCUGCAUGGUAAAAGGGUGUCUGGAUACACGCCACACCGGUGCACACUGAUGGAAAACAUUUCUUUUUUGACGAACUAUAGAGAACAUUCCUGUUUUGUCAAAUAUUUGGCAGAGUUCAGAGUUUUACCGUAAACUUAUAUCUUCCUUCUGGUGAUUAUCUGUAAGUUUACAUAAUUAUGUGUAGAAGUAUGCAUGCCCUAAUGGGUGCUGCAGAUCAUUGGUAGUUUGGUACCACUCAGAUGAUCCGAUCUGCUUACACUUGUUCAGUCUCCCUGCAGAUAGACAGUACUACUACUGUUGCCACUGCUGCUGCACUACUCCGAUCUGAACUAACUUCGCCUCAAAGCAUCAAAUUCCUGGAAGAAGAAAAAAGAUUAGGUUUGCUCUGCAUUAUAAACUGCUUUGCUGGAGAGAGCAGAGCCGACCAUGGGACGUCAUUCGGAGAGACAGCCAGGUGCACUUCAAGACUGAGGAUCAGAUGGACCUUCUAGAAGCUGCUGCUCUUGACUGCUGAGUUCCAGCACGGCGCGAGUAUUACCGGCCAUGUUGGUGUGAAACUUCUGCUUCUUCGAAACAUCACCUGUGUCUGCUGCAUGAACUGUGUGUGUGUGUGGUUUCAAUCAGUUGCAAUGAGAGUGCUCUUUGCUUGUAUGUGAUUCCAGAGGCUGCAUUCCAGCACAACUUGAGUUUUACAGGGCGUUUCUGUGAUCAUAGAAUCAAACUCCCAUUUGACAGCAGCUGCGUCCCGCUGCCUGCCUUUGGAUGCAGCGUCAGUGGUUCAGAAGUAUCUUAGCAGUUGACUGGCAAGAGGCUUCUUACUGUUGGCAGUCUCUUUUUCCUUGGCUCGCUAUUGCAGGCUUGUGUGCCCCAAGUUAUACACCAGAAAUUUUACAAAGGACUGUUUGAUCCGAUUGUAAAGAGAUGUAAGCAAGCACCGCUAUUGUUGAAUUUGUAUGUACUCCGUACUUAAUUUA